CUUCAAAAAAUGGGAGCACGAAAACAGAAAAAGAAGGCUAAUUCGCUUGGAAAUAGUUCGAAAAGAUCCUUCACUUCGGUUCUUCCACAUGAGGUUUCCAGUUUUCACGAGGAGGAUAAGAAGACUAGCUCGGCACCUCGAACCAUUUAUAAAGUGGCGGAGAAAAAGAAGAGUGGAGAUAAGAAAGAGAACACAUCCACUGCUGCCUCUUCGAUCAUCGGAUGUUUGCAAAUUUUCAUCAUUGUGUACUUGCUAACUGCAAUGACUUAUCAGUUUGUUUGGGGAGAAGUUCGAGAUUUGUGGGCGUAUUUAGCUGAAAUUAUGAUGUUUGAGUUGAUUGCGGGAUUCGUUUUGAUCAGACUAUCCAACAAUCAUUGGAUCGGAGUUGCCUGCCUUUUUCUCUCUUACCAUUUUGUUCUGCUUUUCCUCAUGUUUUCUUUCUUUCUCCAGUCCAGUUUCUCAUCAAAAAGUCGGUUCGUUGAGCAAAUCUUCGGAAUGUCGGCAGUAUCUUCUAUGUCAACGUGUGCUCAUUUUAUUAUCGUUGUCAAUGCGGUGCAAAUGAUUGCAAAGUCUAAGAAACGAAAUGACUAUGGUGAAAAAGUGAUUGUGGAGGACGUGGAUAAGCGGAGAAAAGAUUUGUAUUUGAUGAUUAGUGACUUGAUCAGCGAGAUUUGUUUUGAUGAUAAGGAUUCGAAGCUCCACCUCACUAUCAAAGACGAAACAGGCCGCCCGAAAACAAUGAGUGGAGCCGGAAUCGAAGCCGGAGUGAGCCGUGUUCUUGAAAUGAGCAUGGACGGGGAUAAGGUCAGCCUAUCGACUAGCAAUACCACUCAGGCCUGCAUUCAUGUUCCAAAUUCUUCCAAGAAACACAAGAAACGUGGAAGCCGCAGCCGGAGCCCACAUCACGAGAAGAGCAACUUGUCCAAGUAUAAUCGUUGUCAGAAGCAAGAUGAGAUGCUGAGUCCACGCAAGAUUUUGGCCGAUGAGAAUAAUUGAAGAGUUAUGUGUCUGUACAAAUAAAGUGAUUUGAAUUAUG